AUGCCAAAUGGCACAAUCAGAGGAUCAGAGAAGGUUCUUUUGCGCCUGACCCGCGCGGAUAGGACCUGUCUCAGUUCCAAGGAUAUGCAGCCUGGCAACACCUACAAGAUCUAUGUGAAUCUUCAGAAUCUCAAGGAUGUGGCACCCAUGAACGCCAGCAAUGCGAGCAAUGCGAGCAACGCAACGGUCCGGGUGGUGAACGUGACGGGGAACGAGACGGUCGAGGGCGAUGUGGAUGUGACCAUCGACGUGUACUUGGAUGGGAAGCUGAUGAACUCCGCCAGCGGCCCCAAAUCGAAUCUUUUGAAAGGGAUCGACGUCUUGAAGACGGUGAGUCCUGACGCUGAAGUGACCAUCAAGGAUGAAACUGGCCAAGUGGUUCAUGAAGAAGACAUGAAGCCAGGUCAGAAGUAUGAGAUUUAUGUGCGAACCUGA